AUGACCAUGAACGGCACUUCACCGACGCCAAUCGAUCGAGUACCUCCCUGCCCCCUGCUUAGCGCUAGUAACACCGAGGAGACAUUCCGAAAUGCCUUUGCAACCAACCCAACCGGUCUCAUGAAGGAAGUCUUCCUCGUGUGCAACGCCGCCUAUAGCAUGCAAGGAUUAAUCGAGUCCCUACGCGCCUCGGCCACAACAACGAUAGCAGAAGUAGAAGACCUCCAAACUCGCCUGGAAAAUACGUUAAUUACUAGGAGCGAUGGAGACGCAACAAUCACCCGCCUGAUGGCAGAAAAUGAAGCAUACCUAAAAAUCAUCCAAUCAAGAGGGAUUUCACAACGCACACCCGAACACCCCGAUCCUGAAGCCUUCACUGGCGAAGACCCAUCUCUCCUGCAGAACUUCCUCCAACAACUCGACUUAAAGCUCGAAAUGAACAAGGAUUGGUGGACUUCAGAGCAUCAACGUAUGGGAUACGUAGUUUCAUGCCUCAAAGGUAAAGCUCAUGACCAAGUCCGCUACAACAUUAAAAAUGGGGUAGUUCUCUUUGAUAACGUCAACGCCAUAAAAGAAGUGCUUCAAUCAGCCUUUGGGGACAUUGAUGCCAAAGCCACGGCCCAACGCAAGAUUUUCGACAUGAAACAAGGCCAUAGACCUCUCACGACGUUCCUCCCUGAAUGGUACGCCGUCGCCAAGCUCACCGGGUGGGAUAGCGCGGCCCUCAUUGCCCAUCUCCGACGGGGCCUUCACGAAAACAUUACCUGGAGACUCUCCCUCACCAAGGGUAAAGACAUGCCCACUGAACUCACUCAAUUUAUGGAUCUCGUCCGCACCUGUGAUAACGAAUGUCGUCAAGUCAAUGCCAAUUACUUCAAGAAGAGUACGAGCAACUCCCCUGCUAACCAACCCGCGGGUUUGCAACCCACCAGCACACCGCAGUUACCAACCCCUAACGGCGGAGACCCCAUGGAUCUGACCGCCAUCGCCUGGGGACCUGGAGAUGUUGCCUCUGGCCGUAGACCGCAAAAUGACGCAGAGAGAGCAGCACGCAAAACCUACCGCACUGCCCAUGGGCUCUGUCAUUGGUGCAACUCGGACAAACACCGCUCCCUCAAUUGCGAUACCGCACCAUGGAAUAAGGGAAAAGCGUAG